CGCUAUUCAGACCUCCUUCAUCCAUUGCAUUGAACCAACAAAAACUAUAUCUUAAUAUAAACACAGAUCCUGAGAUAACAACUAUAGCAGUUGCCCACGACGGAUACUGCCACGAGCGAGACGAUAAGAGACUAAGACCAACGAAUCAUUAUUCCUGCCUGUCCCCAUUAUCGCGCAACAAGAACGAGAACAAAACAAAACAAUGGCUGCUCCAGAGGAAUCAGCCGCACAGAGGUCUGCCCGUCUCCGUCGUGAGCGUCGGGAGGCCAAGAUUAGAGAUGGAGGCGCUGAGCGGCUGGACAAGAUUACCAGUAUGAGUGGACGGACGCCAGCGAGUGACCGUGAAGAUGCGUCGUCAACUCCAACACCACUGCCAACGAGCUUGACAUCCGCCCCUCGACCGGCACCGACUGUGGCUCCGGUUACGGAUAUCCAGGAUCAACAAUCACCGGACGACCUUCAGUCGCAGCAGGAGUACUUCCGGGCGCUUCUUCGGCAAGCCGCUCCUGCGCAGGGACAACAGCAACCGCUGCAACAGCCAGGGACCGAGGACGAAGACCCAGCCGUGAAAUUACUUCAUUCAAUUCUCGCAGGGAACGUGCCGGGAUCAGAACAAGGAGGGGCAGGGGCAGGGGGCGCAGAAGGACCAUCACAGGCCGAUUUGCUGUCUGCACUAGGUCUCCCACCGUUCCUGUCAAGCCUGGUUGGAGCAGCUACGCAGACUAAAUCGGAAGCGGACAAACAGGAGACAUGGGCGUGGAAAAUGAUUCAUGUGGUUUUUGCGCUGGUUAUGGCGGUCUAUGUUUUGGUCGUGAUCGGCACGUCGGUAGCAACCUAUGGCAACUCUCCUCCACCACCAGCGACAGCGCGGAAUCCGUUUGUGGUGUUUACGACAGGGGAGAUGGUGCUGAGUGGAGCGCGGAUGGCACUCAAGAGCCGACAGGGUGCGAACGGAGGCAUAGGGGUGUGGGUAGAAAUGGCGCGAGAUGCGGUUCGAGAUGGAGCAUUGAUGGUGUUUGUUCUAGGGAUGGGGACAUGGUGGCAGGGAUGGUGAUUUGUCUAGAUAAUCGUAUUAUCUAUUCCGUACUCCGUAUUCUGCAUGAAAUUCUACAGUAUUCGUGUC